UAUGUGGGAAAUUUGGGAUCGUCAGCAAGCAAACAUGAAAUUGAGAGUGCAUUUAGCAAAUAUGGACCUCUGAGAAAUGUGUGGGUUGCAAGAAAUCCUCCUGGCUUUGCAUUUGUUGAAUUUGAAGACUCUAGAGAUGCUGAGGAUGCUGUUAGAGGUUUAGAUGGAACUCGCUGCUGUGGUGCAAGAAUUAAAGUUGAAAUGUCAAGUGGCAGAUCUAGACGCGGUGGUGGAAACAGAAGGGGCAGAUAUUCUUCAAGGUCAAGAGACAGGGUGUCGCCAGCGCUGGCGCUGUUCUACCACCAUCUCAUCCCCCCCUGAGACAACACAUCACCCCUCUGUCCCCAAGGCCUUCUCUGACAACACUCAACAUCUCAAAAAAACAUCGCCCGCGCCGCCAAAACGCCCAAAAACCAAAAUUAAACGUCGCAACCAUCAUCAGUUCAGCAACAACCGCCGGGCCUCAUCGGGUUCUUUUACAAAAAUUAAUGUGGCAACAUUGUCCUUUUGCAUCAAUUCGACAACGCUGCACAACGACCACUACUCUCCCAAAUUCGGCAACGCUGCCUGCACCCUACUACUUUAAAAGCUGACCGACUUGGAAUCUGCCGCUACGUCUGGCAACAGGGCACCACCGAAUUGUUACACACAAUCAACCAAUGAAAUUUCAGCUUUAAUUAUCUGCUUUCUACUCAACAACAAGUUAAAGUGGUGGGCUAUUUAUUUUAAAAAUAAAUGUUUAAUCUAUUAACAAUCAUUAAAAGUUGAAUUAAAUUGAGUAGUGCUUUCUUUAUUUUACACUAGCUCAGGUGAUGUACAUUAUAAGUGAAAAAUCUUGUUAUAGUUCAGCAGAUUGAUUAAAUUAAUUUAUUAAUAAUUUAUUUAGAUUACUUAUUUAGCUAUAUAAUUGAUGCUUUAAUUGUGUUAUAUAAUUAAAUCAGUUAUAGAAGUAGAUCAAAUUUCUUAUUUAUAUUAUACGGGGUGUCAAAAAAAUAGUGCACCUAAUUUUGGUGGGUCAUUCUACAGAUAGAAAUAAAUCAAAAAGUUCCUAUGAACUUAUGCCCUAAAAUUCAUAGGGCCCUUAUGCCCUAACAUGCAUCAGAGGAAGUUAUAGCACCUGAAAGGGUAAAUAAAAAUAAUACAUUUCGUUCGUUAUUAAGAACAGUGGUAAACCGUUUUUCUUGAAAUUUGGUACUCUUACACACAUUUUAAUGCCAAAGUGAAUUGCAGUAGCGUAAAAUUUCGUAACAGCCCUGAAAGGGUACUCUUUACCCAUUAGGGUAGAAAGUACUAGCACAGAUUAUAAACUUAUCGUCAAAAGCAUUGUUUUUCGUGGUGCCAAUUUUCGGAGUCGCGCACUAGUUAGGUUACUAGUUUGCGCAUAAGUACACCCACUUAUAUCCUCUAAAAUUGUGCAUAGCGCCUGACCGGCCCAGUUAUUACACUUUUUAAACGGGAGUUUAUUUUUGCGCACAAGAAAAUUUACUCGUU